UAGUUAUCGUCCACACACGUGCAUGGCUGGACGUGUUUAAACGUCAGAGAUAUAGUAUUGAUUAUCUGCAAACUUAGGUUCGGCCAAGGUCUUCGCACUGACCUUGUAUUGUGUUUCCUUAUAUUAAAAUUUAUUCUUUUGUAUAUUUUAUGUAUCAAAUUUGGACUUUUUCUUCUUGGUUUGUUCCGUGUAUUGUUUAUGUUAAAUAGUUGACCUAAUUAGAGAAUACAAUAAUUAUCUUAUAUUUCUAUGGUUUCAAAUAAUUAGAAUGAAAAUAAUUGAAGAUCAAGAGUAAAAUGUGUUAGUGUUGAGUGAUAUAGUGUAUCCAAAAUGGGUUUUAAGUGGCUUGUGCUGUGGUCACUCUGGGCGGCGAGGCUGGUCCCUCAGCCUGGCAGGGUGGUGCGCGUCUCCAACGGCCUGAUGCGAGGAGUUGUUGCUCCAGACGGCACUUACGUUAGUUACAAUGGAAUUCCGUAUGGAAGCACUAGCUUUGAGACUAAGUUUCAGGCUCCUGGACCAGAACCGAAAUGGCAAGGCAUAUUCGACGCGAACCAUGAGCAUAAACGUUGCAACCAGCAACUAUCCGUAAACAUUGCUAUUGGAGAAACAGAUUGCCUUACUCUUAAUGUUUAUACUCCAUUAAAUACCACACCAGCCUCCAAUCUGCCGGUUAUGUUCUUCGUGCAUGGUGGAGGAUUCUUUCAAGGUUCAGGAUCUUCGUUAAUGUACGGACCUAAAUACCUAGUCUCUAAAAAUGUGAUACUAGUAACUGUUAACUACAGACUCAAUAUUCAAGGUUUCCUUUGCCUGGGCAUCAAAGAAGCCCCAGGUAAUGCAGCCAUGAAGGAUCUCGUGAGUGCUUUAAGGUGGGUUCAGAGGAACAUAAGGCAGCUUGGAGGCGACCCUGAUAAUGUCACUAUAUUUGGUGAGAGCGCAGGUGCUGCUUCAGUUUCUUAUCUAAACAUAUCUCCUAUGACCAAAGGGCUGUUUCACAAGGUCAUUGUCCAGAGUGGCUCCGCAACUGCCCCUUGGGCUUUCCAAUACAGACCUGUGUUCUUAGCAAGUUUGCUGGCCAAAGAGAUGGGUUAUGAGACGCAAGAUCCUCACGAACUGUACAAAAUAUUUAUGAGCAAAUCUGAUAAAGAACUUAUUCUUACAAGAGUUCCACGGAAAGAAGGCGCUAUUAUCAUAUCUGAGAUUUUAUACACUCCAUGCGCUGAGAAUAUUAUUGAAGGCGUAGAACCAUUUCUGACUGAAUUACCUUACGAUAUCCUUUCUAAAGGAGAAUAUAAUAAAGUUCCUAUGAUCUUAGGCGGUAAUAAACAAGAAGGAAUCUUAAUAAUCAACAUGGACAAUGACACUAUGAUACCGAAAGUAAGUUUUGAAAAGUCUUUACCAAAGAACUUGCACAUACCAUCCAAGAAAGAGAUAGAAGAAAUAGCAAAGGAAUUCGAAAGAUUAUACAUGGGGAAUGAUGAGAUAUCUUUGAAAACGGCAGCUAAAUUAUCAAAAUGGUAUGGUGAACCAUUUUUGAUGUACCCAAUUUUACAAGAAACUGAGUUAAUCCUCAAUACGAGUGAUAAAAAUAUUUACAAUUACAUGUUCAGUUAUGAUGGUUGGAGGAAUGCCCCGAAGUUAUCUUCAAGGAAGGAGUACAGAGUACUGGAAGGAGCAACACAUGCUGAUGAGUUGUUCUAUUUGUUCUCCCAGCAGUGGUUUAGUUCGAUGUUUGAGAACAGAAUGAUAGAUAUUAUGACGACAAUGUGGACGAACUUUGCUAAAUAUGGAGACCCAACUCCUGAAGUGACGGAGUUGCUGCCGGUGAAGUGGCUGCCCACGAACUCCUCGAUGCCCACAAUGCUGGUCAUCGACCAGGAGUUCUCCACCAUGCCGCUGUGGUAUAACGAGGGUCUCAGAUACUUGAGGCAAGUCUACUCCAAGUAUAGGAGAAAAUUGUGAGAUUCUGGUUGUUCGUAGAGUGAGAAAGGGAAUAAUGGUUUAUUAAAUUAUUUUUAUUA